UUUCCUCCCGGUACUAAUAGCUUAGCUCUGCGGUUAGAAAAUCUGUGAUAAAUGGCACAUUCUUUUGCAAACGAACCUUCGGAUCCUACCAUCCCUCUUGGAGCAAACAAAGGAGGACCCCAUGGGCUUGGAGAUCCGGACGACCGCCGACUGAGGAAAGUGGAGCUUGAGGUGCUAAUUCCAAAGAUAAUGCGAGAACGUGCAAAAACAGAAAAGUGUUUGCCGGAAGUGAAAGCUUUCGAAGAUUGCUGCAAGGAUGCGGGUUUGUUUAUGGUUGCCAAAUGCCAGAUACAAAACGAUGCGCUCAAGGCGUGCAGUCUGGAAUGGUACCGGAACGAACAGUUUAAGAAAGAAUGCACCGAAAUCUAUUUGGCGGAACGAAGCGAAUUUCGAAGAACAGGUUUGCCUAAAAAAUUUCGAAAAGCUAAUAUUGCCGACCAGCAACAAUCGGCAUAAUUUAGUU